GAGUAUUGGCGAGCUGGGCGGAGGGGGCAUUUGUCACGUUCAGAAUGGAGGGAUCGAUCUCGGCGGCAGAUAGAUGAAACAUCGCAAUCCGAUGAACAUGAAAGUCAUGGUGUUGACUUGACCAAGGUGCCCGAUGUCCAUGGAACAACAUAUUGAGACAAUCUGAGGAAGAGUCUGAGAAUCUGCUGAAGGAUCACUACCGCAGUCAGCACAGGGACGGCAGGAGUCGAGCAUGUCCGCCCAUCAACACUGACGGCUGUGGUAGAUUUUUUCGCCCCAACUCACCAGCCACACGUCGCAACAACAACAUGUCGCAACCUUUGAAGGGCAAGGACAUUAGCGUUCCUCUUGUGAGGGAACCUAAUGAAAAUGAGCCUGUCUGUAAGACCAAACUAGCGACGUCGUCCCUCGACAAUCCUGAUGGCCCCCAGUCGGAGGAGGCUGUGCAGGCCCAGGAGAGCAAGCGCCGGAAACGGCGGAUUAUGAAAGUGGCCGUUUAUUUCAUGUUUGGUAUCAUAGCACUUGGUGUCUUUGCAAUCUGGUUGUUUCACAAGGACAACGUCGCAGCCGUCAAGCUUGAUGGGUCCUUUACCUUCACAGUGAAGAUGCGAACGCUGGAGUUGGAGAACAACAAUGAAGACACAAUAAUGUAUGGUGACCUUGGCAUGCAUCUAAAGGCCACAUCUUACCAUUACUGCUGGGACGAGCGCCGCGAGGAGUAUGACAUGCAUUGUCUGCUGUGGCGGAAGAUGGCAACUCUACACUUCUCUAAAGAUGAUAAUGAAACUCUGCCUUGUUAUACCUUAGAGUGGAAAGGCUUGUCUGAUGGUUUCAAAGCUGAAGAUUGUUACUAUUUACUUGGCUUUAAAUGGUAUGGAUUAAUUACUGAUAAACAUGGCAUAUGGCCAAUGUCAAAUUUAAAUAUAAAAAAUGCUACAUUUUAUCCAAAAUAUCCAGUAGGUCAAAAGAGAAAUCGUAUUCCAAUGUGGUUAUCUUCAAAAGGAGUUGCCCUUUUUGUGGACAGCAACACUCCUUUCUUGAUAUCUGUCAACACAACGGAGGAACAGCAGUUCUGUAUGCUGUCUGAGUUUGCGUUCGAUGAUGUUGGUCUGGGAGGUAGCCUCCUGAAGUACACCAUCUGUCGUGGGACGGAUAUGAAAGAUGCAUACCAUAAGUCUCAGCAGCAUAUUCGAGAAAAUUAUGGUGACGACUUAGGACCGAAGGUUGGUAAAAUUAUCCCCAACCCUAUCCGUGCACUUCUGUCAGAGGAUGACAUUCCACAGAUGAGAGACCAGCUAGUGGCCUCUAAGACCCAGUGUAGUUAUGUGGAAAUUUUCUGGGACUGGGAGAAUGAGACGGGGGACCUUCAGUUCAAUUCUAGGAAGCUUCAGAAGCUUCAAACACUGUUGGACGAUCUGUCCGGAACUGAUUGUAAGGUCUUGAUGCCUGUGUCAACACUUUUCACAUAUAGAUCUAAACAUUUCAUGGAAGGUAUGGAUAAUGAUUACUUCUUGCGUGAUGAAAUGGAUAUUGUUACCAAAAUGAUAAAGUGGCGAGGGAAAGAAGGUGCGGUGUUAGAUGUGACUAACCCUGACGCCAUUCAGUGGUACAGAGGGCUUCUUGAACAACUAGUGCAGGACUACAACAUCGCAGGCUUUAAACUCCUACACAUUGAGAUCCCACGACUUGUGACAUAUAUGGAUAAGAAUGUCACAUUCCUGGACUACCCUCGUCUAUUUGCUGAAGUUGUUACAGCAAUGAAUACGUCAGUUGUUUUGGAUUAUGUGGCGGGAUUCACCCCGGAAUCAGUGUUCACAUCAAUCCAUGCGGAGUUGUUUGAAAUCAAUGGAGCCAAAUGCUUCAACACAGUUAUCCCCCUCACUCUACAGAAUGGAAUGGGCGGAUACCCCAAUAUUCUUCUUGAUGGAUUAGCUGAACUAGAACUCACGAAGGAAUUAUUUGCUCGAUGGUUACAGCUAGCUGCAUUUUUCCCUGGAAUACGAAUUCCAACGUUAUCAAUUCUGUCCGAGGAUGAUGUGGAGGAUCUGUUGGAAAGUGCCCUCAAACUACGACAGAGUAUUUUGACGUACAUAGAGACCGCUGCCCAGAAUCAGAAGGGAGACCCCAUUAUACGACCAGUCUGGUGGAUGGAACCAGAAGAUCCCGUUGCACAAAACAUAGAUGAUCAGUUCAUGGUGGGGGAUGUUCUUAUGGUGGCACCUGUGCUGUGCGAAGGGAUGAAAACUCGUAGUGUGUAUCUCCCGAAAGGAAAAUGGCGCAGCAGUGGGAAUAAACCAAUUGAAGGCGGCCACACCAUUACCAUCAAUGUUAAAGAUAUAACAAAUGUUCCACAUUUCUUCAAGAUACCGUAGAUCAUGUAGGGGUAGAAUGAUGACACUAUUCCACUUUGGCAUCUGUUAUGAAUCUAACAUAUUCAUUGAAUCUCAGAGUUGUAUAUUGUGAGUUGUGAGGAACCUUUUGAUAUUAUGUAUAUUUACGUGCAAUCACUGAAGAGCCCGAAGCCUGUACUCAAAUAUGCUGUCAGUAGGAUAUUGAAAAACUGAUUUAUGUAGAAUAUUUCAAUUCAUAUCUUCCUGUUUGUUAAACUACGUUGCAGAUUACUUAAGACUUUCAUCAUGGUUCUCUUAUCUUGCAGGCUAAAUGUGGCAUCCCUUACAUACCGGUACUCCUGUUUCUUGUAUGAAGAAAUGUUCUUGUCUAUUCAUCUAAGAUUUAUAUUCUGUUAAGACAUGAAAUGUUUACAACAGCAAACAUGAAAGGAUAAAAGGAUAUUGUUAUUUUUAGGUGUUCAUAUUUUAAGUAAAUGUUGACAUAGGUAAUUGAAAUGGUAUGAGCAUAUUGUAUAUGAGGGAUCUGAUUGUGUAGUUCUUAAUAUCCCUUGUAAUUUAAAGCUCCUAGUUGUUAGUGAUCAGAUUCUGUACAUUUUGGUGAUACGUGGAGGGCUAUGCACCUGGACCAACUUCCACAAAGCAAUGUUGCUGUUACAGCAUGGGAUUUAUAGAACACAGUGUUGUGAUUGCUUUGUUAAAGGAGUCCUGAUUGGCCAAUUUAAUGUAAGAAGAACAGUGUAGCCAUACAGUAGCACGUAUACCCUCUGUCUGCCAUGGUAUAUUGAUUUUUGCUGCUGUCUAUCAAGACGAUACAUCAUGUUUAAACGUAAGUUAGUCCCAUCUUACUCAUGUGUGUCAGUAUUUGUUGAGAGUCCAUGUGUACAAAACAGGAAAACUCCUAAAAUAAUCCAUUGGCAUUGUGCUAAAGAAAAUGAUUUUGUAAUACAUGUAUUUGAAUGACUGAAAUGUUUGGUGAAAUGAAAUCCAUGUUAUUAUUUAUUUAUCUUUUUUUCUGAAGUUGUGUGUUAUGUACAUAUACCAUUUGAGAUUUGUUUUGUGUCUUAGUUAAGGCAAGUGUUCUCUUACACUGCAAGAUUGUUAAAUUCAUUGCACAUAUCAUUGUCCAACAUGGAAUAUUAGGUGUCUAUGAUGUCCAUUCUUUAGACUGACAGUUGUCUUACAAGUAAAGAGUAUGAAAGUGCUGUUUUUUAGUUGCAUUCCUACCAAUACUAUCUUGAAUAAGUUUUUUGUGUGUAAAUACAUGUUUCUUGAUGUUUGGGGCAGUUCAUUCAAUAGAUUGUUUGUGAUUGACUUGCUUGAUUUCAGAAAACAAAAAAACAAAAACACAUUAAAUAUGUGUGACACAGAUAUGUUUGUUUAGAUAAGCAGACCGUGUUUUCAAUGUAGAGCUUUGUUACAAGUAGAUUUAACCAUGCUAUGUUGACUUUAGAACAAAACAUGCAUUUUAUGAGCUGUAAUUGUACAUAUUGUUUAAAAUACUGACAAUGACUGAGAAAGGAUGACUUUUCUUUGAAUAUUAGCUUACACGGUGGUACAGCUGUCAUAUAUGUUGAAAUUGAAAUCAGAAGUGGUUUUUGUGAUUUGAAACCUCUCACUGACCAAUCAGAACAGAGUACUGUCAUAAUUUCAUAGUAGAAGCAAUUUUGAAGUUCACCUUUGAAGAUUCAUGUAAGGUCAUUCCAAAGCACUUUGUCUGUCAUCUGCCUCUUUCCAUUGUCCAUCUGCCCAUUAUGUAUUUAAACAUUUUUACAUCUCUGCUAAUUCAUUCCUGACCCUUAUCCUUUGCAUGGAUAAGUUCAGUGAUGGUGUGUCUGACAACAAUUAUGAUCUGAUAUUUAAGGAUGGAGGACAUUUGACAGCAAAAUUGCCCAUUACAGACUCAUUUCUUCAUCUAUCCUAUUAAAGAUUGAUGACAUUGGUUUAUUUUGAUAUUAUUACCCUACAGUGAUCUCCACAGUCUAGUGCUCCCACAUUGUUUGUACCUCAGAGAAACUUGUUGAUGAAACUGACAGUGUGUGUAUUUAGUAUCAGCCUAAUGCUAUCUCCAAAACUUACAUUAUGACAGAAUUUAGAUCUGAUUCUAAACGUGGCAGCCAAACUGAAAAUGUCAGUUUGUGGUCUACCAAUAAUCUGUGUUAAGCUGUCCUUGUUUAUUUGCACAGUUUUACCAGUUUGACCUUUGACAUUGUUCAGAAGCGUGUGUUGCAUAUCCUGUUUCUAUAGUAUGACUCAGGAUUCAAAAGCUCAACAAGUGCAGGUGAGCUACAGAGUUUCAUGGUUCCCAGUUUUAUAUGAAUCCAAGUAUUUGUUUUAGCUACAAAAUUCAACAUCUAGAAGUUAAGCUUGUCCAGUGUUUCUGUGGAUUUUCUAUCUGCUGAGGAUAAGGAAAGGAAAUUCUAGACAUUACUAAUGUUUACUGAUCUGUUUCAUUUAGACCCGGGGCGGUCGGGUAGCCUAGUGGUUAAAGCGUUCGCUCGUCACGCAGAAGACCCGGGUUCGAUUCCCGACAUGGGUACAAUGUGUGAAGCCCAUUUCUGGUGUCCACUGCUGUGAUAUUGCUGGAAUAUUGCUAAAAGCGGCGUAAAACCAUACUCACUCACUCACUCACUCAUUUAGACCCUUCCACCCUUAUCCAAAAGAUGAGGUAUAGGUCUAGUGCUUGGUAAUCAGCCAUCAAUACUCCAUGGUAUGUCUGUAUGUUUAUUGGAGAAAGUGUCCCUUUUUCAUUCCUUAUGUGAAUCUUCAUUAUCCUGAAUUUAAGCACAAGUAUAUACAUGUAUACCAUUGAUUUCUGCCUUUUAUUCAAUAACUGUAAACAAAUUUUUUAUGAUCGAUGAUCCCUAAAGUUCCUUCACCGAUUCUGUAUGCCUCAGUUUUGUGUUACUUAGCAACGGUUGAUGUUCCAAGUAGGUCUGGCAGCUAAAGUAAAGGUAAAUAUAUAUGAAUGUGGAUAUUAAAUAGUAUGCAAAUUACUUUGGUUCAAUGUUAAUAGUAAUUUGUAUAAGCUUUGAGAGAAGAAUUGUUGAUAUUCUCAUGCUGGAACCAUUUCCAGCUCAGUGAAACAAUGUAUCAUUAUUGUGAUACUUCAUUGUGUGCUAUUAGUGCUAUGUAAUAAGAUGUACAAUCAUGUAAUGAUUUGUAAUAUAUUGUACAAUCAUGCAAAGUGUAUAUAAUAUGUUGU